AUGGUCAAUCUGAAUCCACUAAUGAAGGGUGAUCCAAUUUUUUUAAAUAAAAUAAAUAUGGCUGAUUCAACUGCACUGAAACAAUUAGUUAACAGUUGGGGAUUGGCCGAGUUGUUGCCACAUCUUCAAGAUGAAAAUAUUGGCAUCGACGAAUUGAAAAUGAUGAAAAAUCAUCACAUCGCUGAACUCUUACAUUCCUACAAAUUGGGCACACGCAUACGCUUUGAAUACUACUUUGAGCGUUGGCGUCGUGAUCAAAAUAAACCAUUACUCGAUGUUCUAACGCCAAAUCACUACCACAUCACCAACCCUUCAGUGGCGCCCACGGUACGUAUAGCACACGUCGCAUCACAUGAACCUGUCGAAAGUCAUAAAAACCUACAAUCACGUGCCACUAAUACCGUUACGGUGCAUUACGCUACUGCAUCAACAAAUACACCAGAUAUGACGGUAAAAUUACCAACAAAGGACACGCCACUUCCAUCCGCUAGGGAUGUAUUGCGUGAAAUGCCAAAGCUUAUGCGCCAACCUAGUAUUUUGGAGGAGAGUGCGGUGGUGAGUGCACCGAAUAUGCCAACAACAACAGCACCAACAACAACAACGACGAUGACCGCAUGCUCUCCGCGGCUGGCCCCAAAAUUUCAAUUUCACGUCAACGAUUCGGAUAGCGAACAAACUGACACUGGGCCAUUGUUGCAUAUUCUCAACUCGUCCGGCUUUAAGGCUACCUCACUAUUGGAAUACUAUCAACAAAAUCAGCAGUUUACGAAUGUACAUCGCACACUACUCAUACAACUGAUAGUAAAUUUCUUCGAUAUGAACGAAUAUCAUUUGUCGCUGAAAGUCAGUCAUAUUUUGGAACAGCAGAUAUUGAAGCUUUUCCCCAGUGAAAAAUUGGAGUACUACCGCACUGAGAAACGUGGUAAAAUCUAUGUGAAAUUCUGCAAUAUGAAACGUUAUAAACGUGACAGGCCGACGUUGAAGCGCAAGUGGAUAGAGGAUGCGGAACAUGGUGAUGAGAGUGGAGGUGGUGGUGUUGGUAAUAUAUUAACGGAGCCGGAGGUGGGCAUUGAAUGUGGUGAUGGGGAUGUGGAGGAUUUUGCACAAAGUUUCGAAUAUUGGCAUGCCCAGCAAUCACCCAGUGCAAUGCAAUUGAAGACUGAGUCGCUAAGUGAUGGUGAUUAUUAAUGAUUUUAGUGAAGUGAAAUGGACACUCAAACUGAACUUAUUUAAGUAGUGAAAUAGUGAACAGCAGUUGAAAUUAUACGUUUAAAAUACUUUCAUGUUAAUAUGUACUAAGUACAUUUGUAUGUGUAUAGCUUAAGAAAUUGUCUAA